AUGGACUCUUCUGCACCUCGGCCGUCUCGGAGGCUCAGCCUGGAAUCGACAAGCACUUACGGUAGUUCUAGUAGUAGUACCUGCAGCGACCAGAAAGUUAGGGUAUCUCCGCCCUCCAGUAAGCGGUUGCGAUCUGGUCUUCUUAACAAGUUGGGAAUUGUGGAUCAGCGUGUAGCCGCUGCCACUUCUUCCUCCGCCAAAGGAGGGUCCGUCUUGAGACAGAUAACCGUUGUCAAGGCUCCCCUGAAAGAUGUUGCCAAAGGAGCUGCCAAUUCAGGCGACCCAAAGGGCAAGCCUGCCGCCUUUCUGGACUCGCUGGGCUCAUUCUUCAAGGUUGGAUCUCCCUCGUCUGUCUCUACUUCGACAGAACUGACAGACGACAUGUCCUCCACUUGUUCCUCUCUGGAUGCCUCACCCACACAAAGACCUCGAAGAUGCUUGACGUUUGACGAACAAGUCUCGGUGGUGCACAUUCCGCGACGAGAGCAAUACUCGAGUCGCAUCCAGCAGCAUCUCUGGCACUCGUCCGGUCACCUAAGAGACUGUGCCAUGCGCAACACGAUUGAGUUUGCCGCGGAUGGCUGGAAAUGGCAAAAUGUACGAGAGGAAGAUCAGCACAGUGUCUGCCCUCAAUCUGGAGAGCUCAUUCAUCCAGUUCAUUCCGAGAUUGCGAGGCUUAUUCGACAGGAACAGGGAUUGCCCCAAGAUACCCCCGUCUGGACGCCAUUUUGGAAGCAUACACCCAUUUCGGGUCAGGCGGCCGCCCCGCCAACGCCGCAAGAAACCGGCCUUCCCAUUGACUCUUAG